CCAGCCGCGCGUCCCAGCCGCCGCUGCGCGCUCCCGCCUUCGGGGCACAGAGGAGCCGGGCAGGUCCUGGGCCGAAGAUUCCAGGGCUGGCGGCCGCUUCCCGCUCCGGGGACCCGGAGAAGCGCUCGAACCGUCCCGUCCCAGGAACUUUCCUCGAACCUGGCGCGAUCCGGCUGCGGUGGGGAACCUGCGUUUUAAAAUCAGCUGUUGCGGAGCCAGGAGUGACGCAGCAUGGAUGCCGUCAGCCAGGUCCCCAUGGAAGUAGUGCUCCCCAAGCACAUCCUGGACAUCUGGGUCAUUGUCCUCAUCAUCCUGGCCACCAUUGUCAUCAUGACCUCCUUGUUGCUGUGUCCGGCCACUGCGGUCAUCAUCUAUCGCAUGCGGACUCACCCUGUCCUCAACGGGGCUGUCUGAGAACCUGCCAAGAGGGGCCGGGGAAGGAUGUGGGCAGCGUCCCCUCCCCUAGACUCCUCCCUGUCGCCUAGCAGCAGCAGGAGGGACUGUGGAGUGUAGAAUCUGGAGCUCGAUAUGGGAGGGGAGACCCAAGUUUUGGUUUUGAUUCUGCCACUGGCCAGCUGUGUGAGUUCCAUCAGGGGACCUAAUUCUGUGAGUUUCAGGUUCCUUGUCUUUCAAAUGGGGAUUGUGAUCCCUGCCCUUCCUACCUCAUAGGCUUGUGAGAACCAGUGACUUGGUGUAGGUUAAAGCUGUUGGUGAGCAGUGAAGCCACCACAGAUAUCCAGGUGUUAUAGCUGAAUGCUGAGAAGCUCUGAGGAACCAAAGAACCUGAUCGCUGAUGAUGGCCUUCAAGGUGGCGAGGGAGACACUGGGGCAGAGCAGCCUUUGUCCUUGUCCCUUGGGUCAAACCAAACAAAGACACCCUGUCCUCAUUCCCAGGGGCCAGUAGCAGAUUGGCUCGAAGUUAUUUCCUUUGAGGUGCCGAUCCCUCAAGUUUUCUAAUUUGGGAGGGAACUGAUCAUGGCAGGGGGAGGGAGAUGAGUGGAACUUUCCAAGACCUUCUGGGUGCCAGACUCUCUGCCCCUAUGCCACCUGGAGGAGGGCUCUGUCACUUCUUGGCAAUGCCAAGGGAGCUGGGACAACUCCUUCUGUUCUGGAGUGUCAUAGCUUUGACACUCUAGCAAUGUUGGAUGCAGGGUGGCUGAGUUCCCUGGCCAGCUUUCAGGACCUCCAGCCCCAUCCCCUUGUAUGCCCCCCACUAGGGGAGCUCUGUCCCUCGGCCCCAGCUCCUGCUAGAAUUAGCUCCAUGGUAUGAUGUGUACCCCAUUCACUCCCUCCACCAGCACUGCAGCCAAUCCAAGGUACAGACUAAUAUUUUGAGAGAUGUUCUCAGAAUUUUUGAAACGAGCUCAAAACGAUGGUUAUUUUAGAUGCUAUGAUUUAUAUUUAUAUAAAGAGAUUUCUGGACCAGUCAAGCUCUUUGAUCCAAAUCAGGAGCAUCCUUGGAUUUAUUAAAUUAUGUAAAAAGAUAGCACAGAUAUCAGGACAUUAUUGUGUGAAAAUGAUGCUUUUACUUAGAUCUCAUUGAUGUACACAACCAAUUUCCAAUAAAGUAUUAGAACAAGCAU